GGAGACUCAUCGCGAGCGAGAGAAGAAGGGAGAAAACGGCGACUAGAUCGAGGAGUCAAAGUGGGUACGGAACUACUCGGUCGGGCAAACGCGUGGUGUUCAACUACACAGGGUAGGGCAGACCCGUAGCCAAUGAGAGAUCGGCCAGGGCGCGCCCGGGACUCGACCCCACCUUCGGUAGCCAUGGAAACCUGCGGAACCCGCGAGAAACCCUCGCGGGUUUGCGAUGGUGGGAGAGCCAGGUCGGUGUCAGGGUCGCCUUAGUCGGCAGUCGGUCUCUGGUCGGCCCCAAGAAUAGUCGUAUCGAGGCGGUAGUCGAGUAUCACCUCUCUUCUUCUUCUUCUUCUCCUUCUCCUCCUCCUCCUACUACUACUACUACAGCACGGGCCGCUGCUGCUCCUGCUGCCUGACGUUGUUGCUGCCGUUGCUGCUGCCACCGCCGCCGCUGUCGCCGCCGCCGCCGCCGUUGUUGCUGCUGCUGCCCGGCGCUGCGAGCGCGCGACGGAGGGACAACACCAUCACGCACACCGUCAUCAUCGCGCAACACGCAUCCGCGAGAAGUACACGCGCACGCGAGCGAGCGGACGUACACGCGAGACCCGCGCGCAAACGCCAAGUGUCACUCUUCUGAGGACGUACACGUUAUAUCGAUUACACGUACGCACACACGCGGAUCGGAGUGAGGUUUGACGUAUCUUCUGAUACGGGAAACAUUCAAGCGGUGCUUCGAAAGACGAACUCUUCCUCCUUCGAACUCUUCUGGGUUCAUAGUCCGAACCUACUUUGUCUUCUCCCUCUUCAAACCCUCCCCCGGUGGAUCGUGUGUCGUCAACUUGAUGCUCCGAGAGUUGACGAGCUGGGAUAGACCGAGCGGCGUGUUGGUGUGGAUGUUGGUGUCUUUGACGCGAGACCUUUCGCCUCGGGAAAUCGCGACGUGCGCGUGAAAAAGAGUGAAGUGCCUGCGAGUGCAUGACCGAGUGUGACCGAAAUUGUUACUGUUUCAAUGUUGUUGUAUCGUUCGCGAUCGCCGUUUACGCGCGUUCACCGAAAGUUCUCGCGAGAUGAUAUCUUGGUUGAUGCCGCGUUGAGCGAUAAGGAGGCUGAUCGCAACUGCGAAAUCUUGGCUUAAAGCAUCUUCAAGGAAAUCGAAAACUUGGACGUACCUUCGAUCUCUGUAGUAUUCACCUACCUACUUGAAGAUUUAAAAACAGGAGCGAUCGAGAAUACUACUUGGAAGAAUCAUAGUCGAAGAAGUUCGAUAUCUUCAAGUAUAUCUACGUGUCUGAUAAUUGAAUAAUGUUACGUCGAUCUAACCGAGUUCAUCUGGAAAUAUGAUAACUGUCGGACAUCUCCCGUAGGAUUUAUUUCGCGAUUAUGCGUGUCCACCUGCAGACAUGUCCAGGACAGGAACAAGCGAAUGAAGAGACGUAACUUACACCAAACGACGACAUCCGAAAUAAUCAAUCCGAAAUCAAUUAUCGAGGACACAGACCGCGCAAGAAUUUCGCAUCCUACGAAGCCUAGCUAAAUCCACCUUAAGGAACUCAACCGGACGAUUCUGGUCGGAGAAGACCCGGACACAGCCGGUCGUCGUCGGUCGCGGGAAACCGUCAGGGUGGUUCGAGGCGGGACGGUAGGCGCGGACGCCCUGGCGACUGCCGGGGUGGUUUACCCGGCCGCGACGGCGACGUUGUUCCCUGGCCGGGUGCCAGCCGGACACCACCACCCCGAGUUCACCACCACGUUGGAGCUGGGGUUCCCGGCGCGCGGCACCACCGCCUCGAUGGCGUUGGUCGCGCCGCCGCCCUCCUGGGCCUCGCGGGACCCCGGGGCCGCCCUGGGCGCAGCCGGCGGCGGCGGCGGCGGCGGACCACUUCAGGUAGGUCCGCCGCCGAUGCCGCCCGCGCAUCUCACGCCCUCGGCGACGCCGGAGGAUAUCACCUGCUUGGUGCCGGCCGGCUCGGUCCUGACCUCGAGAGACCCUCUGCCACCCAGCACAACCCCUGGCAGCCAGGCCAACAGCUCGCAGUCCGGCAGCUCGCAAACGGACAAGUCGCCGAAUAUCGAGUGCGUCGUCUGCGGGGACAAGAGCAGCGGCAAGCAUUACGGACAAUUUACCUGCGAAGGAUGCAAGAGUUUCUUCAAAAGGAGCGUGAGGCGAAACCUAACGUACUCGUGUCGAGGGAACAGAAAUUGUCCCAUCGACCAACACCAUAGGAACCAGUGCCAGUUUUGCCGCUUGAAAAAGUGCCUGAAGAUGGGCAUGCGCCGGGAAGGUAUGCACUCCGUGCAAAGGGGUCGAGUACCGCCGUCGCAGCCCUCGCUGCCGGGUCUGCCGGGCCAGUUCGCCCUGACGAACGGGGAAUCGGUCACGUGCACCGGCAUAAACGGACACAGUUACCUCUCGUCGUACAUAGGCCUGCUGCUGAGGGCGGAGCCGUAUCCUACCUCGAGAUACGGCCAGUGUAUGCAGCCCAACAACAUCAUGGGCAUCGACAACAUCUGCGAGCUCGCGGCGCGGCUGCUCUUCUCGGCGGUCGAGUGGGCCCGAAACAUCCCGUUCUUCCCGGAUCUCCAGGUGACGGACCAAGUGGCCCUGCUCAGGCUAGUCUGGAGCGAGCUGUUCGUCCUGAACGCGAGCCAGUGCUCGAUGCCUCUUCACGUGGCGCCGCUUCUCGCGGCGGCGGGACUUCAUGCCUCGCCGAUGGCGGCGGAUCGCGUGGUCGCCUUCAUGGAUCACAUCAGGAUCUUUCAGGAACAAGUGGAGAAACUCAAGGCGCUUCACGUCGACUCCGCGGAAUAUAGCUGUCUCAAGGCCAUCGUCCUCUUUACCACCGGUGAGUCUGAAAGUCACACUUAUAUUGCGAUAUGUUGAA